CGGUGGGUCGGAGCCGCUGUCCCUGGCCUCGCAUGUUUCCCUCUGGAUUCCUGUUUUCAGUUUGAUGCCCCUCUUGUAGAUGCGCUCCGUUUGAACGCCUUUGAAGGGCCACAGUCGGGCGUGCGUGCAGUGGUGUUUAGUUGCCCCCAACAUUUUAUUUUGAGGCGUUUCGAGGCUCCCACCCCGAACAUGGCUGUUCAAGUUAGCGGAUCGUCUGGGCCGAUUGCCCGGCUAGAGGGCCGUGAAUUCGAAUACAUGAUGAAGAAGCGCUCGGUGACCAUCGGCCGGAACUCCUCUCAGGGCUCCGUGGACGUGAGCAUGGGCCACUCGAGCUUCAUCUCGCGGCGGCAUCUGGAGAUAUUCACGGCCAGCGACGACGGCACCGGCAGCGGGGACUUCUACCUGAGGUGUCUGGGUAAAAACGGGGUGUUUGUGGACGGAGUGUUCCUAAGACGGGGCGCCCCUCCUCUGCAGCUACCACGAAUGUGCACGUUCAGGUUUCCCAGCACCAACAUCAAGAUCAACUUCACGGCGCUGUCCAGCGGGAAGAAGGCCAAGCGAGAGGCGCCAGAGUCCCCAGUGAAACCAGUACAGCCUCAGAUCUCCCCACUUACCAUCAACAUUCCAGACAACAUCGCUCACCUGAUGAGCCCGCUGCCGUCACCCACCGGCACCAUCAGCGCUGCUAACUCCUGCCCCUCCAGCCCCCGGGGGGCGGGCUCCUCGAGCUACAGGAUGGGGGGCCGCAUGGUCAGCUCCGUGGAGCUGCAGCUCAUCAACGACAACUCGCAGCCUGAGAACGACAAGGAGGCCUCCGGAGAGGACAGCCCCAAGGACGACUCCAAGCCGCCGUACUCCUAUGCACAGCUGAUCGUCCAGGCCAUAACGCUGGCGCAGGACAAGCAGCUCACACUAAACGGAAUCUACAAUCACAUCACCAAGAACUACCCGUACUACCGGACCGCCGACAAGGGCUGGCAGAACUCGAUCCGUCACAACCUGUCGCUGAACCGAUACUUCAUCAAAGUGGCGCGGUCGCAGGAAGAGCCGGGCAAAGGCUCGUUCUGGAGGAUAGACCCGUCGUCGGAGGCCAAGCUGAUCGAGCAGGCCUUCAGGAAACGACGGCCCCGCGGGGUCCCCUGCUUCCGGACCCCACAUGGACCCCUCUCCUCCAGGAGCGCUCCAGCGUCCCCCAAUCACUCCGGGGUGCUCUCCGCUCACUCCAGCGGGGUGCAGACCCCGGACAGUCUGUCCCGGGAGGGCUCCCCGGUGCCCCUGGAGCCGGACACGCCCUCCGCUCCCCCCCCAGUGCCCACCGCCGCCAUCCAGCCCAAACUGGCGGUCAUCCAGGAAGCACGCUUUGCACAAAACACACCAGGCUCCCCGGUCAGCAGCCAGCCGGUCCUCAUAGCGGUCCAGCGCCAGUUACCUCAGACCAUCAAGCCAGUGACUUACACCAUGGCGUCCCCAGUGAGCACCAGCAGCUCCCAGCCCACCGUCCAGACCGUCCACGUCCUGCAGCAGAUCCCGGCCGGCUCCACCGUCAUCGCCCAGCCGGCCGCCAUCAUCAAGAGCGAACCGCAGGAGAACGGGGAGCACACGGAGGUCAAAGUGAAAGUGGAGGCGGUUCCCAGCAUCACUUCUCUGGCCGCCUCCAGUCGCAUCAUCCAGAGCUCCCAGUCGGUGGCGCCGCUGCAGACGGUCACCAUCGUGCAGCAGGCGCCGGUGGGUCAGCACCAGCUGCCCAUCAAGGCCAUCACCCAGAACGGCACCCACAGCCUGACCACCGCCCUGCAGGCGCCCUCCAGCUCAGCCCCGGCCGCCGCCAGCCCCCUCCACCUGCUGGCCACCCACGCCUCUGCCUCCGCCUUGCUCCCCACCAAGCGGCAGAACGGCGACCAGCUGGCGGGGGAGCAGCCGGACGCCAAGCGAGGGAAACUCGAGGAGGAAACGCCCGCCGUCGCCGUGGAGACGGACUCGCCAGCAGCCGGAGAGCAACCAAACUAGCCGUCUGGACGCCGCGCCACAGAGCCCCGCCCACCGUCUCUCUCUCUCUCUCGCCCCGUCGUUUGUUUCGCUUCUCCUCACGACCGAGGUGCCAAACGGAGA